GUGUGCGAGCUUGAUAUAAUUUUCGACGUGAAUAUUUUAUUAAUUGAUCAUAUCAAAGAGUUGUUAUUAUCGUGAUAUCGUGGAAUAAUAAUUUAUUACCACAAUGGAUAUCAUUCCGGUAACAACGUCGUAUUUACCAACCAUAGCUUAUUCUCUGCUGGCUGUAUUUAUCACAGCGCUAAUUGCAUUAUAUUAUUAUGUAGAAUCUUCUAGAGUGGUUUGUCUUGCAAAACGGCUUCCAAAUCCAUCGAGCUUACCAAUAAUAGGUCACGCAUUAAUGACUAUGGGAUUAUCUCCAGAAACUGUGUUAGUUGUAGGUCUUCAACUUCACAAAAGAUAUGGAUCAGUACUUAGCGUAUAUUUUGGAACAAGAGUGAUAAUCGCUCUGACAGAUCCAAAAGAUAUCGAAAUAAUCUUGAGUAGUUCUGUGCAUCUCGACAAAUCAGUGGAAUAUAGACUUUUCCAACCAUGGCUUGGAGAUGGUUUGCUGAUCACAACUGGUGAUAAGUGGCGCAGACAUAGGAAGGCAAUAGCGCCCACAUUUCACAUGAGUAUUUUGAAGACAUUUGUACCUUUAUUUUAUGAGAAUAGUAUAGAUCUCGUUAGACGGCUUCGCGAUGAAGUUGGAAAAGAGUUCGAUUGUCACGAUUAUUUAUCAGCUGUAACUGUUGACAUUUUAACGGAAACUGCGAUGGGAGUCAAAAGAGAAAAAAGGCAGCAGACUGGAUAUGAUUAUGCCAUGGCCGUAAUGAAAUUGAGCGAUAUCCUACAUCGAAGGCAUUAUGAUUUUCGAUUACGUUCUGACAUAAUAUUUAAACUUACAAAGUUUGCAAAGAAACAAAAGAAAUUGCUCAAUAUUGUUCACACAUUGACAAAUGAUGUAAUUGAAGAGAAGUCUAAGGACAUUGAUGAUAUAAAGGAAGAAAAAAAAGAUAAUCAAAAGGACAAAUUUAUAGAAAAUAAUGAAAAUGAUAAAAAUAUUGCUUAUACAAAACUGCAUUAUGUAAGAGAUGAUCUUGAUGACAUUGAUGAAAACGACAUAGGUGAAAAAAGACGACUCGCCUUUUUAGAAAUGAUGAUUGAUUUGAAAAAGAACGGUGAAAAAAUGACUGAUAAAGAGAUUUGGGAGGAAGUAAACACUAUCAUGUUUGAGGGCCAUGAUACCACAGCAGCUGGCUCAAGUUUCACGUUAUGCGCCUUAGGAAAUCAUCAGGAUAUUCAGGCUCGCGUGCAUGAAGAAUUAGAUACGAUUUUCGGCGACAGCGAUAGGCAAUGUACUUUUCAAGAUACCCUAGAAAUGAAAUAUCUCGAAAGAGUUAUUUUGGAAUCUCUGAGACUUUUCCCACCAGUACCGUUGAUUGCCAGAAAACUUAACGAAGAUGUACAGAUAAUUACUGGUGAUUAUAUCCUUCCAAAAGAUGCCACGAUAGUAAUUCCACAAUUCAUAGUACAUCGUGCAGAAAAAUAUUAUCCAAAUCCAACAGUUUUUAAUCCAGAUAAUUUCCUACCGGAAAAAAUGCAACAGAGACAUUAUUAUGCCUUUAUUCCUUUUAGUGCUGGACCAAGGUCUUGUGUGGGGCGAAAAUAUGCUAUGCUGAAAUUAAAGGUUCUUUUAUCGACAAUACUCAGAAAUUACCGUGUCAUUUCUAAUGUGGCAGACGACAAUUUCGUAUUGCAAGCCGACAUCAUUCUAAAACGACACGAUGGAUUUAAAAUCAAGCUUGAACCGCGUAAGCCAGUAUCUCGUACAUAAUUUCGGAAACAGCAAGAAGUUAACAUUUUUGUACCCUCGCAAACGUGAAGCAAUGUGAAUUGAAUCUAAAGUAAAUUAAAUAAGUUGAUAUAUAUUUAGGGAGGAUUCCAUUUUCUAUAUACAUUAUAUGUUUCUGAGGCAAAUAUUUUUUUUGAA